AUGAGAAGCCUUCUACUGAGUGUGCUCCUCCAGGUUCUCAUCUCUGCGGGGACAUCAGAACCACAAUAUGCACUUUACAUUCCUGCAAAGCUGAACAGCGGAGAGAUUGAAAAAGCCUGUAUGAACCUCCAAGGUUACGAGCAAACUCUACAGCUCAAUGUGGUACUUCAGUACAGCGGGAUUAACUCCACUAUAUUUUCUGAGAAUGUCUCCCCUCCUACAUACUUCCAAUGUAACAACUUCCAGAUCCCAGUAGUACAAGGUGAUGUUCCCGUCUUUGUAUUGCUCUCUGUUUCUGGAGAAGAUGUGCAGGUAUUACAGAGAUAUUCUGUGGUCAUCACUGAGGUCAACAACAUCUACCUCGUCCAAAUGGAUAAACCAAUCUACAAACCUGGACAGAAAGUGCUGUUUAAUCUGGUUUCACUAAAUCAGCAGCUGCUUCCUGUUAAUGCAACGUAUCCUCUGGUUUAUCUGACGGAUCCAUCAGGGAGUCGCUUAGUCCAAUGGUUGGAUCAGAAGUCACAAAGCGGUCUUGUAUCGUUAGAAUUCUCUCUGGUGGAUGACGCAGUUUCUGGAUCUUACGCUAUAACGGCUGAGAUAGCGCCUAACGCUGCUGUGAGUCAGUGGUUUAAUGUGGAUGAAUAUGUGCUGCCCAGAUUUGAUGUGACAUUUGAGGCUCCGAGCACUUUAUCCAUUCUGGAUGAGACUCUACAUUUUAAUAUCUGUGCAGAUUAUACGUAUGGAGAACCAGUGCCUGGAGCGGUAGCAGUAAAAUUCUGCAGACAACCCACUUAUGGUCUAAUAAAUAAUUGCUUCAAGGACAAAAAUGGCGUCUGCUUUUAUAAGACAGCACAGUUGGCCUCAGAUGGCACCUACUAUGGGGAAAUUGACCUGACCUCCAUCCAGAUGGAUCCCUCUGGAGCCCAAACCAAUCUUAAUUUAUCUGUAACAGUUACGGAGAAUGGGACAGGGAUCCAAGUCACAAAGACUCGGUAUCUGUCGGUGACCAGCCAACUUGCCAGCAUCAGAUUAAAUUAUGAGUAUAUGAACCAGUUUUAUAAAAGAGGCCUCCCAUAUUCUGUCAUGGUUUUACUUACGGAUGAGAAGGGCCUCCCGAUAGCAGGUGAAGAGGUGCAGCUCAAUUUUGAUUGUGUUUGGAGCAGUCAGACUGUAAUAACUGGCUUGGACGGAUCAGCAAGAUACGAGAUAGACACCUCUAACUUCCUAGAACCCAACUUUACAAUCAGGGCCAGUUACCUGAAUACAGAGCAGUGCUAUUACAAUAGGUGGCAAGGUUAUGAAUAUCCAACCGAUGAAUACACUGUCUUUCGCUUCUAUUCGGAGACCGGAAGCUUCCUGCAGAUCAUUCCUCUUCAGGGCACCCUACAAUGUGGUCAGAAGCAGAAGAUUGAGGUUCAGUUCCUUCUGAGCGCUGAUGGGGUUGGUGUUGGGGCUACUAAAGCCACGUUCUAUUAUCUCACUAUGUCAAGAUCACGGAUAGUUCAGUCUGGACAGCAAGAUGUUGAGCUCAGUCCGGCUAUGAAUGGGACUCUCUCUUUUGACCUCCCAAUAACUUCAGAAAUCGCCUUCAGGACGGACCUCAUUGUGUACAGCCUUCUACAAACAGAGCUCAUUGCAGACAUCAUGUCAUUGAAUAUCGAAAGCUGCUUCAAAAAUGAGGUAUCGCUAAGUUUCUCUAAAGAAAUUGGACCUCCAGCCUCCGAUGUUGACCUACAGAUAUCGGCAUCUCCAGGAUCUCUGUGUGCAGUCAAAGUGAUUGACUCCAGCAUACUUCUUCUCCAACCAGACACAGGGAUGACACCUGAAGCAGUAUAUUCCUCCCUGCAGAACUGGUUCUCAGGAUAUUUUAUUGGAGAAUUCAAUGUUGAGGAGCCAGGACCCCCCUGUCAGGAUCCCAAUAAACAGAUAUUUUAUGAUGGAAAUUAUUAUGUUCCUGUGAGUAGUGAUUCUGACGGAGAUACAUAUAAUAACCUGAAGUAUAUAGGCUUAAUUGUGGGGACAGACGUGACUGUGAGAAAGCCCGAGGUGUGCAGCCUGAAAAACGAUUUGUAUCCACAAGGAAUAUUUUCAAAGGCUGAAGAGAUGGCGCAGAGUGAAACAAUUGAAACAGUUAGACGAAACUUUUCGGACACCUGGGUGUGGACAAUGGUAACGGCUGAUUCACAAGGCCAUGGCAAUAUAUCUCAGACAGUUCCUGAUACCAUCACUGAGUGGGAGGGCUCCAUGAUCUGCACGUCUGAAACGGACGGGUUUGGGAUGACGAAGAGUCCGUCAGAGUUCACCACAUUCCUCCCAUUCUUCAUAGAGGUGUCUCUACCUUAUUCCUUCAUUCGAGGAGAAUUGCUUGUCCUGAAUGCCUUUGUGUCCAACUAUCUGGAGCAAUGUGUGAAGAUCCUAGUAAGUUUGUCGAAGUCUGAUGAUUAUCAAGCUGCACUGCAAGAGGGAGAACAGAAUGCAUGCAUCUGCUCAGAAGAGAGAGCCUCCUAUAUCUGGAACAUAAAUGCGACCUCAUUAGGGGUUAUCAAUUUUACUGUUUCGGCAGAGACUACCUACAUUGGUCAAACAUGUGAUGGAACCAAUGAUCCUUCUCAGCCACCCCGCAAGGAUACUGUGAUACAGACCAUUAUUGUCGAGGCUGAGGGGAUUAAAAAAGAAGUGACGUCUAGUAACCUCAUCUGCCAAACACCUGAAAAUAGUUCAUUUCCACUGAAAUUAAUUCAACCGCCCAAUGUGGUACCUGGUUCUAUAUCAGCAUUUAUUACAUUUCUGGGAGAUAUUAUAGGUCUUCCCCUGCAGAACCUUCAGAACCUGCUCCAGAUGCCUUUUGGAUGUGGAGAACAGAAUCUUGUGCGCCUAGCUCCCAUACCUCAUCUUCUAGAUUAUCUGAAUGCCACGGGCCAACUUACAGAAGAGAUUCUCCAGAAAGGGAUUCAGUCCAUGAACACUGGUUAUUACCGAGAGCUCAGAUACAAACUAUCGUCAGGAGCUUAUAGUUUAUUUGGAGGCUUCGGGAGUGAAGAAAACUCAUGGUUGACAGCUUAUGUCUUCAAGACUUUUGAAAAAUGCAAGGAAUACAUUUACAUUGAUGAGAUAAUUCAGCAGCAAACACUCAUCUGGCUGGGAAACAACCAGCAACUGGACAGCGGCUGCUUCAGAGCCAUUGGUGACUCCUUCAUGAUAAUGAAAAAAGGAGCAGAUGCAGAUCUCACCUACACGGCCUUCCUUGCCAUCGCUCUCUUGGAGUCUAAUUACAGUCUUGGGAUGACCUUGUUGGACAGUACCUUGACCUGCCUACAGAACGCCCUUAAGACCAAUCAAAGUUUACCCAACCAGGUCCUCAUGGUCUACACCUUUACACUGGCUAAGGAUUGGGACAGGAGGUAUAGUCUUCUCAAGUCACUAAAAUCUAAGGCCAUCUCUGAAGGAGGGAUGAUCCAUUGGGAACGUGAAGACAAACCUGAAGUACGACCUAUUGGCCUUUUCUACCCUCUGUAUUCUGCCGCUGAAGUGGAAAUCACUGCAUAUAUAUUACUGAGCAUUGCCAGGGGCCCCAAUAUCACCCAAGAUGAACUGACGUACAUGGCACAGAUCUCAGUUUGGCUGAUUAGGCAACAAAAUUCAUAUGGAGGAUUUCAGUCCACCCUGGACACUGUGGUGGCUCUUAAAGCUCUUUCUGCAUUUGCCAAAUUGAUUUUUAACCCCAAUACUGAGCACAUUAUACAACUGAAUGGACAAAAUCAGCAAAGCUCGGAGAUAAAGCUGAAUAAGGACAACAGACUCCUGGUCCAGAGACAAUCGCUCAUUGUUCCUAGUGAUUACAACAUCAGCAUCACAGGGAUAGGCUGCUGUCUUAUACAGACCACUCUUCAGUACAACGUCCCUGUUCCCCAGGAGAACUCCGCUUUCCAUCUCUCGGUAAACACAUCGUCUAUGAGCUGUGUGAACGGAGUGGCCUACACCUUUACUAUUGACAUCAGUGUCAGCUAUAGAGGAAAUCGACCUCAAUCCAAUAUGGCGAUCAUAGAUAUUGCAUUGCUCUCAGGAUACCAAGUAGACUACUGGUCUCUUCAAGAGUUGGUGGAAAAAAAAGUGAUUUCCAACAGUGAGACCAAGAACAAUCAUGUGAACCUGUACCUAAAAUCUGUUACCUGUGACACAACUUACCUAUCAUUCAACGUUAUAAUGGGCAAUAGAGUGCUAAAUGUGAAGACUGGCUCCAUCUAUGUGUAUGAUUACUAUGAAACAGCUGACAAUGGUUAUGCAUCGUACCGCCACCCCUGUGCCCAGCAGUAA